AUGACAAUCCGUGCAAAGAAAUUCACGCCUGAGGUGCUCCUCAGCGCGCCCCGCCGCUCCUCUGCCAUCCCCAAUCAGAAGGGAACACUGGCUCUCUUCACGGUCUCAACCUACUCAUUCAAUUCUCACUCCAAGUCUUCCGAGAUCCGCGUUCUAGACAUCAAGACUGGACAGACGAACCUCGUCAGCAGUGAUGCUCAAGCGAGUGAGCCAACAUGGCUUGGGAAGAAGAACCUGAUUCUCUGGUUAAAGGGGGGAGAGAAAGGCACCACAAGCCUUAUGUUGACUGAUGGCGACAACUUAGAGCUUAAACCUGCGACGAUCACGACCUUCAAUGGCCCAGUCGCAAACCUUAAGAUCACGGAGAUCGAUCCUGAAACUUUUGCUCUUGUUGUCACCGGCCUUGCCACUCCUUCCGGAAGUCUGUAUAAUCCAGAAACCGCUGAAAAGCCUAAGUCAACUGGUAGAGUCUACUCGAAGCUGUUUGUGAGACAGUGGGAUAGCUAUGUGACAGAAAAUACUAGCUCAAUCUGGUACACGACAUUGAAGAUCAAGAAGUCAAGUGGACUUUCCAACAUGACCGUAGGGUCUUUAAGGAAUGCCCUCGCUGGCUCCUCUCUGGAAAGCCCGGUCCCGCCCUUUGGCGGUGCAGGAGAUUUCGAUGCUUCCAAGAAUGGUAUCGUAUUUGUGGCUAAGGACCCCAAGAUUAACGCCGCGAACUACACCAAGACUGAUCUGUACUUCAUUCCCCUCGAUUUCACUAAGCCUCGAGCACCAUCUCCACAAAUCGUGAAGACAGGCAACCUGAAGGGCUACAGCGCUAGUCCGGUGUUCUCUCCCGAUGGAAACUCUGUUGCUUUCACAAGAAUGAAGAGUAUUCAGUACGAGAGCGAUAAACCUCGGCUGCUUCUUAUUCCAGAUAUCACAGAUCUUACGAAUGUGCAAGAGUUCUACGGAACACCAGAUGGAGAAGGCAAGUGGGAUCUGAGGCCUGAAGCAAUCACAUGGAGCCAGGAUGGUGAGGAGUUGUAUGUGACAGCUGAAGAAAACGGUAGAGGGAAGCUUUUCAAACUUCCAGCAUCACCACGCCAUGCCAAAGAUCUACCGAAAGCAAUUGUUAGUGAUGGUACCGUCACUGAUGCCAAGCUUCUUCCCGAUAACCAGCUUCUCAUCAGUUCAAAUUCUCUGGUGGAUAACAGUACUUAUUCUAUCCUGGAUGCCGAGACGGAUGCAAGCUCCCUUGUUUCAUCCAACUCAAAGCUGGGCAAGGCGUUUGGACUUUCACAAGACCAGGUCGAUGAAUUUUGGUUCGCAGGAGCGGAGGAUUACAAUGUGCAUGCCUGGGUGCUCAAACCUUCCAAUUUUGACAAGUCCAAGAAAUAUCCUCUUGCUUUCUUGAUUCAUGGAGGGCCGCAGGGGGCGUGGAACGAAGGUUGGUCUACCAGAUGGAACCCGGCAGUCUUCGCAGAACAGGGUUACGUAGUAGUAACUCCGAAUCCAACGGGAAGCACGGGGUACGGCAUGGAGUUCCAGAAUGGUAUCAAGAACCAAUGGGGAGGUAGGCCGUACAUCGACCUCGUCAAAUGCUUCGAAUACAUCGAAGCCAACAUCUCCUAUGUUGAUAUCAACAGAGCGGUAGCACUCGGUGCAAGCUAUGGCGGUUACAUGGUCAACUGGAUUCAAGGCCACCCCUUGGGACGUAAGUUUAAAGCACUCGUCACCCAUGAUGGUGUGUUCAGCACUUUGAACCAAUACUCUUCUGAGGAGCUAUUCUUCCCUCAUCAUGACUUCGAUGGGACGCUAUGGGACAAUAGAGAGAACUACGAGAAAUGGGAUCCGGCGAGCCAUCUGAAGAACUGGGCCACACCGCAUCUGAUCAUCCACAACGAGCUGGACUACAGAUUGCCGAUCGCGGAAGGAUUGGCGCCCUUCAAUGUGCUGCAGACAAAGGGGAUCGAUAGCAAGUUCUUGACGUUUCCCGAUGAAAACCACUGGGUACUGAAACCCGAGAAUUCCCUACUCUGGCACAAGGAGGUUCUGGGUUGGAUUAACAAGUACAGCAGAAUUGAGGAAGAAGAGUUGAAUGCAGGUGUCUCGCAAGUCAGGAUGUGAAGCAUUGACAAGGAACCUAUCAGUC